AUGGCUAGUGAGCCAAACAAUCUAGAAGAAGUGGUUGUACAUACAACAGUAGAGAAUUUGGAGUCUGAAUUGGUUUGUUAAGUUUUAUUUAAAUGAGUUUAAAAAAACGUAUUUGCAGUCGGCUAAUAAUAAUGUAGAAGUUGUGUCUUCUGAAAGUUUGGAUGUUGGUAAGUAAAACUAUUUAGUUGAAUAAAACCGUAUGAUAAUUAUUAUAGAAGAUCAUAACAACGACGUGAAUGAUGACAAUGAUGUUGUUUACGACGGCGGUUUAUGUGAAACUCAAGAUGACUAUCAAGUUUAUUACGAGGAAGAAGAAGAAGACAAUGAAUCAAUUGAAAUGGAUCCGGAAAAUCAUGCUGAUGAGGAUGUUGAAAUUGAAUUGAGCGGAAAGAGAUACAAAGUUCCAUACACAUCUGAAUGUCAUUUAUGUAAUGAUAACAUGUAUUUAUGCAUCAGAAAAACGAGAUAUCGUGGUGAGAUGAAAGAGUAUCCAGCAUAUAGGUGAGUUUUCUGGUAUAUUGGCUUGUAGAAAUCAAGAAUAUUUCAGAUGUAUUCGCAAGGGAUGUCAAACGUUUCGCUCGGUUCGCAAAGUUUUCAGCAACUAUUUUGAUAAUCUCGAUUAUUUUGAUGCUUCAUCACCACCUCAAUCUCCAACAGAUUUGAGUGGAAUGAAUCCAAGAAUCAAUCGUCCUCUUCGUAUUAGAACUGAAAAAGUUGCGAUUCCGACAAGAGUCAGAGAUGCGAAUGCGAUGACUUUGACGAAUCGAAUGAAAGUUGCUAAUCAAAAGAGAUCACAAUUAUUCAGCGAAUUCUCCAACAAAAUGUGCAGAGAACUCACGGCUAAUCGAUCUUUGCGGCCAAGAAGACAUGAAGAACCAGUUGGACAUGGGUUGGUUGUUCAUUUUGUUAAUUGAAAAAUGUAUGCUUUUUUAUAGAACACUUCUGUAUAUCAACAAAGAAUUGAAUGCACAACAAAUAGUCGAUAUUCAAGAAGCUGUCAUCCACGUUUUGAUAAAUCUGAAGAAAAUGCCAAUUCCAUUGUAAGAAUAUAGAAGUUUCCAUAUACCAAAACGUUUCGUAUUUCAGAACUGUUCACGAUAUGCCAUCGUUUGCAUCUUGUCCUUGGUCGAAAAAUGAAUUAGAACAGGGUCUUCGCUCAGAUGAAGGGUUUGAAGAAUUCAGUUCAAUAAUGGCUGCUGCUCCACAACCGCCAUUACCAAAAGGAUUCACUGAGAGAGACGAUAAAACUAUCAUUUACCGUGAUCCAGAUCCACAUUUUGUUCCAAAUUGUUUGAUUGCAAACAGUCCGGAAAAACAAGCUGAAAAUGAGGCAAUGUACGAAAGAAGAAAGAGUGAACAAGAGGCUAGAAAAUUUGAUAAGAGGUUCAACGAAAAACGGAUGAGAGCUUGGAAAUCGGUUAAAAAAGAAUUCGAUAUGGUCGAAGACACCAAUGUUAAUUACCAACCUAUGAAUACACAAGGCAUUGAAGGUUCUCAAUUCACAGUUCAACAAUUGUUAGAGAGAACAAAUGGUCAAAAACGAGGAUCGAUUCGAAAAAGUAAAAAUGAAUCAACAAAAAAAAUGAAAUGGAUCAAUUCAGAAGAGGAUGAAACCGAUUCAAGGUAAAUAUUUGAAACGAUGAAAUAAUAAUUAAUUUGACCAAGUAUUUUUUUGCAGUAAUGCUCUUCCGAAUGAUUAUCUUCAAAAUACAAUGGAUCCCUCAAAUAUUUUAAUCGAAGCUACAAGAGAUGAUGAUAAGAAACCUUUAUCAGACGGUUCACUUCACGGUAACUUACAACAACAACGUGGACUUCCAGUUUUGGCACCAAUUCCUGUUCCACCAACUCCACCACUUGGUUACUCACAAUAUAUGUAUGGAUAUCAAUGUGCUUCACCAACUGGGCAAGCUUAUUUUGUUCCAACCAGACCCGGUGAUUUAAUGUAUUCUUCAUUUGGAACAACACAAUCGAACCAAUAUAUGGUUCCUCAAAAUGAAGUAGAAGUUGUUGAUCAAACACAUUCUUCUUUGUCAUCGUUUCUGACAAGUUAUGUACCUUCUCCAAUCACUAGAAAUGCACCAAUGGACUUUGGUGAUGAUGUAGUAAGUUGUGUUAUUUCUCACUCUUCCAAACUUCACUUUUAUUUUCAGUCAAAAACAACUCAUGUACAAAACAAUAUUGAUCCGGCUGAGAUCAUGAACGCUGGCGAACAGAAGGUGAGCCAAAUUUUUGAUUGAGAAAUUAGUAAUUAAAGUUUUUGCAGAUUAUUGAAACUUCGCUCAAGUUCGAUCCACCAAAUAUCUAG